AUGAAGGCUUUUCUUUUCGCCCUGCUGGCUGCAGUCCUGUGUGCGGAGCGAGUUUCCUCACUGAAAUGCUUCACUUGCAAUGAUGAGCCCUCCAACUGGAAUUGUAUUAAAAUAACGGACUGUGCAGAGAACGACAAAUACUGUCUAACAACCUACACAAAGACAGGGCUUGGUGAGAAAGCUGAGUACCGCAUCACCAAGAAAUGCUCUGCUGAGUGUCCUCAGACAAACUGGAAUGUUGGUAUAGCAGCUGCUUCUACCUCUUGCUGUCAGCAUUCCUUGUGCAAUAUCAGCGGGGCCAGCAGCGUGAAAUCCAGCUACGCAGUGAUGGCCACGGGGAUCUUGGCCAGUCUCAUCUAUGUCCUCAGAUCGGGACUGUGA